CCGACUCAACGACUCACCUGUGACGUUACUUGAUCCCUAGACGUAGAACCGGCCCGCUUGCUUAUUUCGACGAUCUCCAAGAACGCGAUCUCUCUCUUCCUCCACCUAGCCGGAAUCCGAGCGGCCGCUCGGAGGCGGUGAAACCCUAAUUCUAGGGCGGCGGCGGCGAUGUUCCCUCAAUUCGGGGCAACGGCGGACAGCCUGAGUAAGGCGUCGUCGCUGGUGCUCCGGAUCGGCACCGAUGCCCACCUCUACGACGAUCCCGACGACGUUAACAUCGCCCCUCUCCUCGAUAGCCGGUUCGACUCCGAGAGAUCCGAGGCCCUCAAGCGCCUCCUCGCUCUCAUCGCCCAGGGCGGCGACGUCUCCCACUUCUUCCCUCAGGUCGUGAAAAAUGUAGCGUCGCCGUCGCUGGAAGUCAAGAAACUUGUAUACCUCUACCUGCUUCAUUAUGCUGAAAAGCGCCCAAAUGAAGCUCUCCUCUCUAUUAACUGUUUCCAGAAGGACCUAUCAGAUACAAAUCCUUUAGUGCGAGCAUGGGCUCUACGUGCUAUGGCAGGAAUCCGAUUACAUGUAGUAGCCCCGCUUGUGUUAGUUGCUGUUAGUAAAUGCGCUAGAGAUCCAUCUGCAUAUGUGAGAAAAUGUGCUGCCCAUGCACUUCCAAAGAUAUAUGACUUACAUCAGGAUGAAAAUACUUCUGCCCUUGAAGAGCUUGUAGAUAUCUUGUUAAGUGACCAUUCCCCUGGAGUAAUUGGAGCUGCUGCUGCAGCCUUUAAUGCUGUUUGCCCAAGUAAUCUUUCGUUGAUUGCCAAACACUUUAGAAGGCUAUGUGAGAUGCUUCCUGAUGUUGAAGAGUGGGGUCAAAUUCUUUUGAUUGAGAUUCUCUUACGAUAUGUUGUGGCUAGGCAUGGUCUUGUAAAAGAGUCCAUUAUGGUAUUAAAUUCCGCUACAAGUUCCCAAUCUGACAAGGAUUCUGCAGCCGUUGGCAAUAUGUCUGAUGGUCAUUGUGGUUCUGAGGGGGGUGAGGCAUGUGAGUUUAAAUUGAACUCGUUAAUGUGUAGAUACUACAUAGAAGAAACAAAGGAGUAUUUAGCUCAGUCUGGAUGUAUGAAUGAAGAUGACAAUAAUUUUGGCUGCUUGGUCGUCACUUCCAGCCAAAAUGAUGAUGUGAAGAUUUUGUUGCAGUGUACAUCACCUCUAUUAUGGAGCCAAAAUAGUGCUGUUGUACUUGCAGCUGCUGGAGUGUACUGGAUUAUGGCCCCAAGGGUGCAACUUGAGAGGAUUGUUAAACCGGUUCUCUUUAUUCUAAGAUCGUCUUAUGCCUCCAAAUAUGUGAUGCUCUGUAACAUACUGGUGUUUGCCAAAACAGUUCCUUCACUUUUUGCACCUUACUUUGAAGAUUUUUUCAUAUGUAGCUCAGAUCCAUACCAUAUCAGAGCUUUGAAGCUUGAAAUUUUAUCCACCAUUGCCACAGAGUCAUCUGCCCCAAUAAUUUUUGAGGAGUUCCAGGAUUACAUUAAAGAUCCAGAUAGGAGAUUUGUUGCUGAUACAGUUGCUGCAAUUGGGUUAUGUGCUCAAAGACUGCCUACUGUGGCUGCUACUUGCCUAAAAGGGCUUUUGGCACUUAUAAUACAUGAAUCGUCUAUUAGCAUAUCAGGCAACAUUAAUGGUGAAGCAAAUGUUUUGGUUCAAGCAAUCAUGUCGAUUAAAGCAAUAAUAAAGGAAAACCCAGCUAAUCAUGAGAAGGUUAUUGUCCAUUUGGCUCGCAAUUUGGAUAUAGUUAAGGAGCCUGCAGCACGUGCAUUGAUUAUUUGGAUUAUCGGAGAGUAUAGCUCUGUUGGACAGCUUAUUCCUAAAAUAGUACCAACUGUUUUGAAGUAUCUUGCAUGGUCCUUUACUUCAGAAGAGCUCGAGACAAAACUUCAGAUUUUAAAUUCUACCUGCAAGAUUGUAUUGCGUGCCCAAGGAGAAGAGUUAUACACAUUCAGAAAGAUCCUAAGCUAUAUUAUUGAAUUGGCAAGAUAUGACAUGAAUUAUGAUGUCCGUGAUCGUUCUCGUGUUAUGGGGGAGAUCACUUCCUGCACAAUGCAGAAUGGAGGCAUAUAUCAUGAAUUUGUGGAAAGCAUAUUUAGUGGAAAUACACCAUCAAAAGCAUAUAUGGCCAAGAACUUCCGAAUUUAUCUUCCUGGAUCUCUCUCACAGAUUGUUGUUCAUGCAGCUCCUGGUUACAGACCUCUUCCUAAGCCUUGCAGUUUACUUGACGGUGACUUCAAUCUCGGCUUUGGGGUGGUUCAUGAGCCAGAAGAGCCAGCUGAAAUAAGUGGUAGGAGCAAUUCAUUUGAAAUGAAUGAUCCUGACAUAUCUUCUGGAUCUUCUACGGAGGAAAGUGGCUCUGCUUAUGAUUCUCAGCAUUCUAUCAUUAGUUCAGCUGACAGCGUUGGGACUGGAUUUGCAAGUGAUUCAAAUGACAAUGGCCAUACUUUAGUGGUUAGCCAUGGUGCUGAAGAUGGCAAAGAAAUCCCUCUAGUUCAUCUUUCUGAUGCUAGUGUUGAUUAUGGUCAAACAAGUCAAAGUGCCAAGGAAAAUAUAUCUACAUUUUUCUCUAAAGAUUUGGCAGAGGUGCUGUCUAAGUCAGCGUUGGAGUCAUGGUUGGAUGAGCAACCUAGUUUGCCAUCUUUGCAAAAAUCUGAACCACCAUCCGGUGCCAAAAUUUCUAUCAAUGAUCUUGAUUUUACUGUUAAGCCUAAACUUCACACACUUCUAGAUCCUGCAAAUGGAAAUGGCUUGAGGGUGGAAUAUUCCUUUUCAUCUGAGGUUUCAACUAUAUCCCCAUUGCUGGUAUGUGUGGACAUGUUUUUUGAGAACCUUUCUACCGAACCAUUAAUGAAUAUAACUGUGGAAGAUGGAGAGUCUAGUGGAAGUCUGGAAUCUGCAGACCAAGUGUUUGAAGAACCUAAAAGCCUGAUUUCUGCUAAUGAUGUGCCAACUAUACUUCCUAUGGAAGAGCUUGCUUCUCUAGAUCCAGGUCAGACAGUGAAGAAAGUUCUCCAAGUCCAUUUUCAUCAUCACUUGUUACCUCUCAAGUUGGCUGUGUUCUGCAAUGGGAAAAAGAAAAUAACAAAGUUGUGGCCUGAUAUUGGUUAUUUCAUGAGACCAUUGCCCAUGGAUAUGAAGGUAUUUACUACCAAGGAACGCGAGUUACCAGGGAUGUUCGAGUAUUCUAAGAGAUGUAUCUUUAAGGACCAUGUCAAAGAGAUUGACCACGAGAAGGACCAAAGGCCAUUGCACACCGAUACUAUUCUUUUAGUCUCUCGGAGUCUAGCAUCAAAAGUGCUCAGUAAUGCUAAUGUUCACCUUGUAUCGGUGGAUAUUCCAGUUUCUUUCAAUGCAGAUGAUGCAUCGGGUUUGUGCUUGCGAUUCAGUGGUGAAAUAUUGAACAGCUCAAAACCAUGCCUGAUUUCUAUAACUGCUGAAGGAAAACUUUCAGAAUCAUUAAAUGGCACUGUGAAAGUAAAUUGUGAAGAUACGAUAUUUGGCCUUAAUUUGUUAAACAGAGCAGUGGCAUUUCUACUUUGAUUUUUUUUUUUUUUUGUAUUUUUUCCCUUUCUGAAUCAAGGAUCCAACUAGUUCUGUGUUAGAAGGUGUAGAGUGCUGUAUUAACUCUUCACGACAAUAUUAUAAUUUAUGAAAGGAAUAUCUACUUUGGCUUGUAAAUGUUGAAAAGGAUUAUUGAUCAUUUCGUUGGUCUUAAAGAAUUACCUUUUCACUUUGGGAGUA